CGGCAGCAGACAGCGGUCGUACCACCCUCAGGCCUCCUCGCUGUGCCGCCCCUCAGCCCGCCGCCUGCUGCCGGCACCCCGCGGGGAGGGCUCGGGGCAGAGCCCCUGGGUGACCGCGGCGGGCAGGGCGGGCCGGGCACCGUGCUGCCUGAGCGCUUUCCGCAGCCGUUUGUCUCUUGUCUCUUCCCGUUCUCGUGAGCAGCUGCUGCUGCGCAGCCCGUUCUCCGCCCGCCUCGGCGGCGUCGCCUCCUCAUCGCAACCUCGAGCAGCGCGGCCCGACUUACAGAGCUGAAGAAUCACAAGUUGAAAUGAAUAACCAAGAGACUGAUGUGCUACGUUGCUGGAGAUGUAAAAAAUACAUAGCAAAUUCUGUUUGCCUUGCAAAAUGUUACGGAAAAGAGCCAUCCAAUAUAUCACGGCAUUCAGCUGUUGCUCAGGAGCCUUGCAAUGUAUGGCAUGUGAGCUUAGAAGCUAUUCCAGAGUGGGUCAAAUGCGUCAUCGAGAAGGCACAGUGGACCGUUGGAAAACUGCACUGUCCAUUUUGUGAGGCCCGUUUAGGGGGCUUUAACUUUGUUUGCAACACAAAAUGCUCCUGUGGACAGCUAGUAAAUAUACAUUUCUGCAAAAGUCGGACUGAUUAUCAAGCAGCUUGUCCUGUUAGGUUGGCAAAGUCAGCAGGAAAACACUUACCUCUCUGUGAAAUUAAGUCCGGUUUUAGCAGGGGUAGCCACCAUGAAGUGGUAACAGCAGUUUCAGAUAUCAGCCCCCAGGAGGUUUCAUACAUCACCAGAAAGAAUAACAACGAUACUAAAAGAUUUACAGAAGCACUUUGUCUAGAAGCAAGAUCUCCCAGAUUUGUAAUGGAAAGUAAAAAAAUUGCCAUAACGGCAUUAAAUCAAAAAGGAAAUCUUUUUGCUUCCUGUCUGAAUGAUGCACACACACUGAAACCUUUUCACCGAAGAUCACACAGUUUGGAUUUAAAUAUCAGAGAGACACUUGCUUUGCCACCUGUGUUAUUUGAAACUUCCAGUAUGGGACCGGUUUACCACAUGAAAUGGUCGAAUGGCCAAAAUGACAAUCCAUCACUUUAUACACCAGGUGACCUGCAAUUAGACUCUAAUAAUAGUGCUUUUCAGGUCCAACAUAGUUCAGGUGCUGGCAAACUACAAAAAAGAUUUCGAGCUUUGUCCUGUACCACAUUGGUACAUAGAGACACAGAAAGUGAUGAAUGUGAUUUUGAAGCUACUGGAAAAUCUUCUGGGAAUGCCAUUGCUGAUGGAUCACCUUUUCUGAUGAACAUUUCUUCAUCUACAAGUUCUGUAGAAGAGGAACAGUAUAUUGCACCCGUGACUCCUGUGCAGUCUACAAGUAUUUCUUCCAUCCAAAACCUGAGUAAGAGAGAAAAAAGCAAGUUGAAAAGCAUGAGGAGAAAACAGAGGCGGCGAGAACAGUGGCUACAGAAUCAAACUGCAAAUGAUAAUCUGCAUACAGACGAUGAACCUGAACUCAGAGGAGAUAAGGAAAGCUAUCUCUGUGCAGUGUGCCUGGAUAUUUAUUUCAAUCCUUACAUGUGCUACCCAUGCCAUCAUAUCUUUUGUGAACCAUGCUUAAGGAUGCUUGCCAAAGACAAUCCAGCCAGCACUCCAUGUCCACUGUGUCGCACUACAAUUGCCAGAGUCUUUUUCCAAUCAGAAUUGAACAACUCUACCAAGUCCUUUUUCCCUACGGAAUAUCUGAAGUUACAAGAAAGCUUUCAAAAUUCUAAUUCUGCAAAAUGGCCUCUACCAAGCUGCAAGAAAGCUUUCAGAGUUUUUGAAGCAGGCUUUCGAAGACGCCCAGAUACUGUAACAAGGAGACAUUUCCCACAUGCUGCUCACAGAAUGGACUAUAUGGACUUUGAAGAUGAUAGCCGUGGAUGGCGGUUUGAUAUGGACAUGGUGAUAAUCUACAUUUAUUCAGUCAACUGGGUAAUAGGAUUUAUUGUGUUCUGUUUCCUUUGCUAUUUCUUUUUCCCUUUCUAACUUGUAGAGAUUACACAUAAGGAAAACAGCAAUUUUGAACAACAAUAAUGUGAAUAGAAAACAAAUGAAGGAGGAGAAAUGUUUGUUGCAUUUUUAUCAUUCAAAACUGCAUCAGACUGCAUCAAGCGUACCAUUAGGCUUUUUGAUGCUUCUGCUAUGUAUGACAAAGUACUGAAGUUUGGUUCCAGAUAUAAUGUGAAUUCCAGAUCAUUCUUCAUUCAGUAGCCAUUUUACCUUAUUUUGGAUGGGAACAGGACUUUACUACAAAUGUAUAAAAUAGUUACUUGGUAGAAUCACACAUUACUAUUUGUUCUUAGAGGAGUUAGAGUGUGUGAUAUGAUGGAAAGGAACCCAUACAGUCAUACUUAGGGUUGAUGCUAUAUUAACAAAAUUUGUAAAUAAGUCAUCUCAUUCAUUGGUGCUUCAAUUGCUUGUGUAUAAAAAACAAUAAAGGCAGUUGCCAUAUAUAAUCAGAUCUGUUGGGGAUAGUAGAUUAUAAGCACUGCACUAUGUAAUAUAUAAAUAUUUACCAGAGUAAUUUCACUGGUAUAAUCCAAAUUACUGAAGGCUUUGACAAUUGAUAGACCUGUCAGCUUUCUGUUGUGGGGAUAUACUGUACACAGUGCCUGAAAUCUUGAGCCUAUAAACCAAAAAGAGAAAUGACACUGCACAGCAUUUGACAAGUUUGUCUUUUCAGCAAAUGGCAAUCAGAAGGAAUCAACUAACAACCCAAGAUCUGCACAUUAAAGGGACCUUUUCUGUGCAGAUUCGUAGAGUGGCACUGUACCAUUAGUAGCCGUCCAGAUGACUGCAUAUGAAUCCAGCAAGAGAGUUAAUGGGGGCGGGCAGCAGGCCUGCAGCUGUGAUGCUAUGAGACACUAACGGGCAGCAGGCCUGCAGCUGUGAUGCUAUGGGACACUAACUCCAGUAAACAGUGGAGGAAUAAUGGGAACUGAAGCAUUCUCCUGUGGUAAUUCAGUCUGUACAUGACUGAAACACUAUCAAAUUACCAUAGCAAUUUGAGGAUACUGUUUAACUGGGGGCUCACCAGCACUAUGUGUCUCCAGGGAGACCAUGUAGGACAACACACUGUUUAUGUGCACCUUUCAUAUAAAAGAAUUGUAAAGCACUUUAUUCCAUGUGGAGAUUGCUGAGUUUCAGUACCAAACUGCAGAGAGGUCAGCAAUCAUUGUGUACUUGCUACUUUACAUGGUCUUUUCAAAUGAAAGUGAAAAUAAAUUACAGAGAGGAUAUUUGAAACUAUUAUGAGAAUGGGAAUCAAAUGCUGAAUAAUAAUACAAGGUAUCUGAAGGGUUUGGUUUUCAGGAAGGUACAAGGAAGUUUUUAUUUCUAAGGGCAUGAUCCUACAAAGUACACUGCAGUUUGAUCUAAAAAAGCAUUUAUGUUGUUACUGUGGUAUCAGGGUUUGUGUGGGAGACCUGUGUUUUACUCAGUAGGUGGUAUACUCCCCUGUUCUAAACGAGAACAAGGAGAAACGUGUUACAGAAGGUGCCAUCUGCCAAAUGUUACGGAAUGAAACCAGAGGCGUUAUCAGUGUGCUUAACAUUAAGCAUGUGCUUAUGCUUCUUUGCUGGAGCAGGGCCAUCAUGCUUAGUAUCUUAUUGGUCAUAAAGGGAUCAGGAACAGAAACUUUGACUUAAUCUGAAAAACAGUAGUAUAUCAGCUGCUUGUAUUUAAUUGUCUUACAGGCUGCAUAAAAUAAUUUCUAUGUAUGUUUGUGACUAUAUGUGUAGCAUUAGAAAUUACAAGUCUGACCACACUGAUUGAAAUAAAUGUCUAUUGCCAUCAUAUUUAAUACAUGAAAACAUAAGAAAGUGUAAUAGUUGAAAUUAACUAUCACUAUGUGGCUAUGGCCGUGACAGAAAUACAUUUUCAGUAAUUACAUUACACCUAGUUUCAUUAUCUCUACUUAAAAAUGAUUGGCUUUGUUACUGGUGAUGUAGGCAUACAAUUUUAAAAGCUUUAAGGUUGUAGGAAAGUGCUUGGUAAACCUUCUCUAUACAAAUGCAGGUAAAUCUUUAAAAAUUUGGGGUGUUUUUAGGUAUAGGCUCCUGUUUUGCUACGUACAAUGUGUAGGUCUGUAUGCUGAAAUGUUAUCAGUAAUUUUUAAAAGUUUUCUAUUCCAGGACUGAGAUUCUAACCUUUUUUUUGUUUGUUUGUCUCCAAUGUUACGAACUUCAUGCUCCUCUCUCCAUGAAGAGAGGGACAAGUCUACCUGUUAAGCCAAAAUUGCUUCUACCUUUUGUCUCAGAAAGUACUAAAAUAAAGAGAUAUGUAAUGAAGAAAAUCUUUAGUUUAAAUUACAUAGUCUUAAAUUUCAGUAAUAAUUUAAAUUAAAAAUAAUAUAACCAGGAUAUCUGCUGUAGCAGUAUCCUUAAGUAUUUCAAAAUAUAUUCGAACCUAAAAAACUUAGCAUAGACACUAACUAAUUAUAUAAGGAAGACUUACUUAUAUCGAUCUUAGUAGCAGGUCACAAUGGAUUAAUUCUGAAAAAGGCAACAAGAAGAGUCAAAAAUCCAGUGUAAUAUUAGCCCCAUCAAGCAAAAAAAAAGUUGGUAACUGAAGGGUGGAUGCAUUUUCCUUGAUUUAGUAGGAGAGACAGCUUGGUGUGACAUUCCCAACUGUGCAGCAGCACCUUUUUUUUGUGGCCUAAACAGUGCACUCUCUCUUGAGCUGGACUAUUGUACUUCAUGUUGUUUGUUGUUAAUUCCAAGUCAUUGUUUUUAAAGGCUUAUAAAUGACUGUUGCAACUUUGAGACAUCCUCCAUAAGGAAAAAACAAACAAACAAACAAAAACCUGGUAGGCAUAGAAGAAAGUAAACUUUUUGUAGUUUAUUGCUUUUGUGAGAUACAUUAUUUUGUAAAAAUACAAUGAAAAUUAAAGAGUUCAAAUCUGGUUUUCAUCAAAGACUGCCUGUAAAAUGAUGUUGAUAUCUCUGGGAGCAAUUUUCUGGUUAAAAGUUGAUCCUGCUCUUCAAUCUUGUCUUUCUUACCUGCAGCGGUAUUACAAUGUUUGCAAUAAAAUUUGAGUUGUUUCUAAUA